CAGGGGUACCUAAAAUCAAAGAGGGUAGCAAUCCUGCUACAUGGAUGCUAGAGAUCACCUCUUCUGCAGUUGAGGCACAACUUGAUGUGGAUUUUGCGGAAAUCUUUGCCAAGACUAAUUUAUACAGGAGGAAUGAAGAACUCAUCAAAGAUCUGAGCACCCCACCACCAGGGUCCAAGGACCUGUAUUUUCCCACCAAGUACUCGCAAACAUUUAUCACUCAAUGCAAAGCUUGCUUCUGGAGACAGCAUUGGUCCUACUGGAGGAAUUCCCAGUACAAUGCCACCCAUCUUGUCAUGACAACCCUUAUUGAGAUUUUAUUUGGAGUCAUUUUCUGGGAAAAGGGUGAACAAACGCACAAACAACAAGAUCUGAUAACUCUACUGGGAGCUAUGGAUGUUGCUGUCAUGUUUCUUGGAGGAACCAACACUUCAGGAGUGCAGUCUGUUGUGGCUAUAGAAAGAACCGUCUUCUAUCAUGAGAGAGCAGCUGGGAUGUACUCAGCAUUGCCUUAUGCAUUUGCUCAGGUGGCAAUAGAGACCAUUUAUGUUCCAAUCCAAACCUUCGUCUAUAGUCUUAUCCUUUACUCCAUGAUUGGAUUCCACUGAAGAGUUGAUAAGUUCUUGUGGUUCUACUAGUAUGUGCUAAAUGUGCUUUCUCUACUUCACGUUGUAUGGGAUGAUGCUUGUAGCACUCACCCCAGGUUACCAAGUUGCUGCAAUUUGCUUUCUUCCUCAGUUUCUGGAACCUCUUCUCAGGCUUUAUGAUUCCCAGGAC